AUGUGGCCUAAGCUGGCGCUUAACAAGGUCCUAAGAAAAAGUUUAAGCAGCAGUAGUUUCGUAGCCGACUCGCCGGAUUUGAGCGCGAUCAUGCCGGAAUUUCACAGAUCAGAUGCCAGCACCAUGAAGGCAUGCAAUCGGCAAACUUGCGAGAUCUUUGUCAGCUCUUGGAACGUUGGAGGCAUUGUACCGCCAGAAGACAUGGACAUGGAAUAUUGGCUUGACAUAAAGAAAUGUCAGGCUGACAUAUAUGUUUUCGGGUUCCAAGAAAUAGUCCCUCUGAGUGCCGGCAAUGUUUUGAGUUCAGAAAACAGAAAGAUUUCCGGGAAAUGGAAUGCAAUGAUAAGAGAGACUCUCAACAAGUCGAGCUCAGGGGCAAGGCCGGGUCAUAGUUCUACUGCAGGAGGCCAAUCGAAAGAACAUUUCCGAUGUAUUGUCAGUAAGCAGAUGGUUGGAAUAUUUAUAUCCGUUUGGGUCAGGAGCAACCUCUGCGAAUUCGUCAAUCAUCCGACCGUUUCUUGCGUCGGCUGCGGGAUAAUGGGUUGCUUAGGAAACAAGGGUUCGGUGUCAGUUAGAUUUUUGUUGGGUGAAACAAGCUUCUGCUUUAUUUGUAGCCAUUUAGCUUCUGGAGGGAGAGAACGUGAUGCGAGGCACAGAAACUCAGACGCAACAGAGAUAUUGUUGCGGACGACCUUCCCACACGGCCCCUCGCGCAAUUUGCCGAGAAAAAUCCUCGACCACGAUCGAGUGAUUUGGCUGGGCGACCUAAACUACAGAAUCCACCUGCCCGACACCACGACUCGGUCUCUAGUCGAGCAAGGGAAGUGGGAUUUACUAUUGGAAAAAGAUCAGCUGAAGGCCGAGCUCAUGGAGGGUCAUGUCUUCCAAGGUUGGCAAGAGGGAGUUAUCAAGUUUGCACCAACCUAUAAAUACUGCCCGAAUUCGGAGGCUUACUAUGGUGAAAACCCGAAUACCAAAGUCAAAAAGAGUCGGGCUCCCGCAUGGUGUGAUCGGAUAAUUUGGUUCGGGAAGGGAUUGAAGCAAAGCCAGUACGACAGAGGAGAAUCGAAAUUGUCCGAUCACAGACCUGUUCGAGCGAUUUUCACAGCAGAGACCGGGAUUUACAGAGUACUGCAGAAUUCAGAAGUUUCUAAUAGGAGGGGAUUAAUUGAUACAAGAACAACAUUUACAAGAGUUCUUGAAUAAUAACGAUAUACGCACAACUAUAUAUCAGUGGUUCUACCAGAUCCUCAAAACCAAGUAGCAAUACAUACAGGAAACAAGGAUAUUAGGAAUAUACAAUUAUGCAAUAAUAUCGAUCAUUUUCAGUGUAAA